UACAGAGCAUCUGUGCUGCUAUCUAUCCUAGCGCGUUAUUAUGAAUUUGUUCAUGAAUUUCCACAUUUUCCAAUCUCCAUCGUAACUAUCGCUUGCAUCAAAUUUAAGCUAAGCCUGAAUGAACAGAUGUGCAAAGAAAUCCGCUUUAUUUAGUGUAUUUUUCGUGAGCUGUGAUCAGAAUUAAGGUAGCUUUAGCUGGCUAGCUUGUUGUUAGCUGCGGACAAUUCUGGUGAAGACAGGGUUUGCUCUGCAGACACAGCUUCUGUUGUUUGGAAGUCAUUGUUCGCUGGUGGAAAAUAGUUUUUUACACAUGGACUGUAAAGAUCAUGCUACUUUAUUUGGGAGCUAAUGUUUUACUGCAAAUAUGCAAUGUUAUGAACUAAGCUUUUGCAGCAUUAUGAAUUUAAAUCAAUAGCGUUGGAUCAUUGACAUAGUAUUAAGUCAUCCGAAUGCAUUUUAUGUUAAAUCAUAUUGUCUUUUGUACUGUUAAAACUGUAUUUACCAACUGCGUGGUAUAAUAACUUUACUGAUAAAGAGACGAACGUUUGUUUUAAUCAACAAACAUGGAUAAGAAGUCAUUUGAUAUAGUAUUGGAUGAAAUAAAAAAGUGCGUCCUGACUGAUCAGCGGAUCAAAGCCAUAGAGCAGGUGCAUGGAUAUUUCUCCAGUGAGCAGGUGAUGGAGAUACUGAAGUAUUUCUCAUGGGCAGAGCCACAGAUCAAAGCAGUUAAAGCUCUUCAGCAUAAAAUGGUUGCAAUCCCUACAACCAAAGUGGCAAAUAUCCUGAACUGCUUCACCUUCUCUAAGGACAGACUGGUUGUCCUGGAACUAAUAGCUUUGAACAUUUCAGAUGCUCAGAAUUAUCGUCCUGUGGAGGAUCUGUUUCGCAUACACUUGUCUGAGAAGAAGCGGGCUCGCAGGAUACUGGAGCAAGUAUGCAAGGUUGGCUGCAAGGCUCCUGUUGCCAUGAUCUCCUCCUGUGGUAUGAUACCUGGAAAUCCAUACCCUAAAGGCAAACCCAGCCUGGUCACUGGCACAUUCCCUGGAAUCCCCCCAGUGAAGAAAGAAGGCGAGAAGAAAGAGGACACUUCGAACAAUAUGGAGGGGAAAGGAAUUUCUGCUCGUAUUAUUGGACCGUUCAAACCUUUUCCAUCGACCUACAACCCUCAUCGGCCUGUGCCAUACCCUAUACCCCCGUGCCGCCCACAUGCCACCAUCGCACCAAGUGCGUACAACAACGCAGGCCUUCUUUCUAUGGGAGGGGUUAUAACAUCCAGCGUGGCCCCUCCCUCCUACAACUCCACCCACAAAGUAGCAGGUUACGCCAAGCCAGGCAAUCCUCUGCACACCACACCUGGAGUCAAAAGCGGGCCCCUCCUCAUUCCUCAUGGGUCCACGCCUUCAACCCCUAACCCACAUCAGGCUUCUCCUGCUCAGCCUCCUCCCACGACCCCUAUCACACCAGUGUUCCCCGGCAUGGUGCCCUCUCACAACCCUAAUGUCCCCUCUCUCUCGCCUGCUCCAUCCCCAUCUGUGAUCAAAGCCGGUCCUCAGACCCCCAGUGGCCAUUCUACACCUACACCUUCAUCUGUCAUUAAAGCCCAUACCCCUUCAGGCACUCCUUGUGGAACCCCUGUCCCCGGCAGGAGCUACUCCCCUUCCCCCUUCCACGCCAUUUCCCGACCGGGCACCCCAGCCUCCCGCGGCGCCCCCGACCCAUUAUCCCAGACGAACUCCAUGGGCUCGACUCAGCAGAGAGCGUUUUCUCAGUCCGCAGAUCACCAGUCGGGACUCGGCCACCCUGGCAUGCACCUACAAGCAGGUAAUCCCUCUGGGUCAGUGAUCCGAAGUUACACGCCCUCUGGACCCUCCACUCCAGUUCAUCCGAGCAAUUCCUCCCAAGGCCUCAGUCCCAAACCCUCCCCGGCUCACUCUGCACAGAUUCAGGCUGCUAUCAUGCAGGCGGGGGUCCUGAAAAGACACACUGGGGGAAGCAACAGUGGCAGCAACAGCCCUGUGCACUCUGCCUUCAAGGGCACGUCCCGCUCCGGCACCCCGUCUGUGAGCUCUCUUGUGGUUCCAGGUUCUGCGCAGGCGGCCCUGGCCCGUUCCUUUGGUCUUUCCCACCCCUCAGGUUCUCCUCAAGUAUCACUCGCUAAUGCAGUAGCUAUCUCCGGCCUCCAAGCCCUGUCCUCCAGCCAAGCACCCUCUCAUUAUCCUGGCCUAUCCCACUUCCCCUCACUCCCUCCUUCCUCCAUGCCUCCAUCCAUGCCUCCCAGCUCCAACAUGUCUAACCAUCAACAAGCCUCCAUGUACCAAAGCCUGGCUCACAACGUUGCCCCCGGUGGAGGGUCCCCUUUCGGUCUGGGCCUCACCUCUGCCACCUCUAUGUUCCCAGGCCUUCCGCCCGGUCAUAGCCCAGCUGGCUACCCAGGGUUGGGGGUUUCAGGAGGGCACGGUGCUGGGAGCCCUGUGUUGUCUUCAUUCAUGGGACUGCAGGGGGCCUCGGCCUCUUCAGUAGCGUCAGCAGCAGCCGCAGCUGGAAUUCCAUCAUCAUCGCCGGUUUUACCAGGCUUUGCGUCUGCUUUCAGCUCCAACUUCCAGCCUGGGUCAGUGAACCUUUAAACACUUUUACUGCACUGA